UAUCUCCCGGUCUCGUCAGACGUGGCAAAGCGAAGGCGCACGGCGUUUAGUCGAUUUCAUUUUGGUAAACAGUUUUGGAUUAUUGGCGACUCGAAUACACUUGAUGGGACCGGUAACUGAACUCUUUAUUGUUAGAUAACGGAAGUAAGUCUCUGUUCAAUAAGGAUUGCGAUAUUGUUACGCUUCAAAGAGAACUGGAUAGAAAGAUGCCUUCCUAAUCAAUUAGUGCAGAUGUGGGUCGCAUAGGUUUAUUUGGCAGAAGAACUCCAGAAGUCACUGGAAAGAUCGUCGACAGAAUCACUUUGCCUCACUGUAACGUGCAUGAAUGCCAUAUAUGCCUUAAGACUGAAGUGAUCUUCGUAUCAGAAAAUCAUUUAAACCAAAGAACAGAAUUAAACAAAUGACUACUUCGGUACCAAUCCGAUUGAAAAUCGACAUGGAAAGUGAUCGUCGCAAAUCAGACAAUGGAUUUCAGUGGCCAGAGGAAAGUAGAAAGCAUUGGAUAGUAGCGAUGUUUUGUGGCACUCUGUUAUUGUACGCUACGAGAUCGGCUGUGCCCUUGUGUCUGGCAGCUAUGAGUUCUGACAUGAAUUGGGACAAGGAGAUUGAUGGAGCUAUCAUGUCGGCAUUCUUCUGGGGAUACAUGCCGGCACAGGUUGUUGGUGGAUAUUUAAGUGAUAAGUAUGGCGGUGAAUUCAUCUUGGGGUUUGCAGGAGUGAUCUGGUCCUUGUUAACUCUGGCUGUACCAUUUCUUCCCAUGUAUCCAAUACUCUUUGUAUCUCCCACUAUGAUCAUAAUUGCUGCUAGGAUGUGCACUGGACUCUCACAAGGUUUGCACUAUCCAUCAUUAACAAACAUCAUUGCUAGAAGAAUUCCUAUAAAGGACAGAACAUUUUUAACAAGUACAAUAUUUGCUGGUGGUCCAGUAGGUACGUUGUUCAUGGGAAGCGUGGGCUCAAUAUUCCUCUCUCAAUUUGGCUGGCAUAGCGUCUUCAUCUUUCAUGGCAUUGUGGCACUAUUAUGGGCCUACCUUUGGAAAUUUCAUAUAGUUUUACCUGAGCAAUUUCAAAAGCGAGAACAGUUUGCACUUGGUAACAUUAAAAUGGUUGAAGCAAGCAGUUCUGAGAGAGCACACAUGCUUAAUGUUCCGUGGGGAGCAUUUUCAAGACAUCCAGCUGUGUGGGCUCUUGUCAUUACGCAUUUCUGCCAGGGAUGUGCAUUCUGGAAUGUGUUUGCUUGGCUUCCCAUGUAUUUUGAGGAACAUUAUCCUGGAAGCAAAAAAUGGGUAUUUAAUGUUCUUCCCUGGCUGCUGUACUUUCCAGUUGCAUUGUUUGCAGGACGCUUGGCUGAUCACAUGAUUAGAAAAGGGUCCUCUGUAACAUUUGCCAGGAAGUUUUUUCAGUCUGUGUCCAUGUGUGGUGGAGCACUGUUCAUGAUACUUAUCAACAAAUCUACUACGUUCAAUCAAGCACUCUUCUGUAUGAUGAUGGCUAUGAGUCUGAACGCGCUGGGUAACUCGGGCGUGGCCGUCACUCCACAAGACAUGUCACCCAAGUUUGCAGGGACACUGUUUGGUAUAAUGAAUUCUGCCGGGGCAUUUUCAGGAAUUGUUGGCACUCUGAUCACGGGCCAUAUAUUGGAAGUCUCUUACAGCUGGAAAAAUGUGUUCCACUUAAACGCUAUAGUCCUGGUUUUCGGUGCUGUCAUAUUCCUUGUAUUUGGAACAGCGAAGAAAGUUGUGUAGAGCUGCAUUCAGUUAUUUAUUCGGGAGAGAAUUGAUGCCUGGAAACUCGACCUAAUGAAGACUUCGGGAGAGAAUUGGAAGACUUCAAAUGACGACACUUACUGGGGGAUUGGAAUUGGAUAAUAGAUUAAUUCCAUUAAGGUCCACGGUCUAGAAGAUGGGUUUAUUCAACGGUCAUUUGUCAAGGUCCUGGAAAUAUCCUCGCUCCAUUACUAUAAAUUUGGCCGCCAUUCAGCGGACUUGGUUUGCGUUGACGAAGGCCCAAUCGGGGUAUUUUACUUUUUCUGUUUGAACAAGCCGAAACGCUCUCGAGCAGAAGGACGUUAAUUAGAUUUGCUUCCUGGUCUUAAGUCUUGAAAUUGCAAGAGAAGACUUUGAAAUAGUAUUUUAGUAUGGGAACAACUGUAAAUAUAUUCUUAAGCCUUUAGCUUUCUUGCAACCUAGUCACCGCUGCAAAUAUAGCACUCUCUUAAGUUGUAAAUGUUCUGGGCACCGUCACGGAAACUAAUCUCAUUUGAGGGCUGGUAAACAUAAUACGCAUAUGAAGACAUGAUUGAUCAUGUUUAAUACGCGUAUAUAGAAAAAAAUUUUAAGCCGGAGUUAACAUAAUCUACUGUCAGAAUCGCACCAUUUCUAUCCCCGCUAUCCCCCGCUCAGGAGGCUUCCCAAAUUUGACCCAGAAAUUUCAUACUGCUGACGCAUCUCUUGAAGAAUCGUUGAAGGUCCUCUGAUUGGUUGGCUGUGGCCCGCGAAUAUUCGUAACCGAGCGACAACCAAUCACUACACGGAUCUCUGAUCGCGCUACGUCAUAACUGCGACUUGAAUGCUUUUUAAGAGGGGAACUAGUUAAAUAACUAGUUAAAUCCUGCAUGACUAUCUUACAUGGAAUCACUGCUCGUUACCAUUUUUCUCUGGGGCUUAAAUGUUGCACAAUAAAAAAAAUGGCUUUACAGACGCUUUCGUCUCAAGAAAUGUUAUUUAAGUCUCGACUUAUCGUAUGUUGAUACUUUAAUCCUGAUAACUUCGACAAUAAAAUUGUUUUUACGUAGAAAAAA